UAAAACCAUGAAACUAAAAUUCCUUUCCAUCCAAACCCAAAAAGUCAAAUAGUCUAAGUACAAUCUUCUUUACUAUCUUCAAAAUUUAGUCACAUAAUCCACACAAGGUGCUAGGAAUGGCAACCACUGAGGAAGAACACUAUGCUUCUUUCUCCAACUUACUUCCACAAUUCACCAAUAUUCCCAGCAUUCACAAAGCAUGGUUUUUCAACUCAAACACACUAGGAAUGUUUUCUAUUACUCAACCUGAUCUUUUAACAAACAACACCAAGACUUUGAUUAUGUCCUGUAAUGUUGAUAAACAAGAAAAUGAUGGUUCUGUUGUUGAGUUUCUAUGGACUCCGUUUCCAAUUGAGAUGUCUGGUGUUGUUUCUAUGAUUGUUCCGUCGCCUUCUGGUUCUAAGCUUUUGGUGAUUCGGAAUCAGGAGGAGAAGGAAGGAGGGGUUUCUUGUUGUUUUGAGAUUUGGAGUUGUUCUUGCUUGGAGAAGGAGUUUCAUAUCCCUCAAUCAAUGCAUGGAUCAGUGUACAAUGAUGGAUGGUUUGAGGGUGUGUCUUGGAACUCGGAUGAAACAUUGAUAGCAUAUGUAGCAGAAGGGCCCUCUCCUACAAAGCCAGUAUUUAAUAAUAUGGGCUACAAGAGAGGUGGUUGUGCUGAGAAAGAUUUUGGUAGCUGGAAAGGUCAAGGAGACUGGGAGGACGAUUGGGGAGAAACAUAUUCUGCAAAGAGACGGCCUACACUUUUUGUUAUCAACAUCAAUAGUGGAGAAGUACAAGCUGUCAAAGGAAUUGACAAAUCUUUGAGUGUUGGCCAAGUUGUGUGGGCUCCAUUUACCGAAGGCUCAGAACAAUAUCUUGUUUUUGUCGGAUGGUCAUCUGAGACAAGAAAGCUUGGUAUGAAGUACUGCUCUAACAGGCCUUGUGCAUUGUAUGCUGUUAGAGCACCAUAUCAUGAAUCAAAAUCCGACGAACCAGAGCACCACUCUUCAACUGAAGAAUUGCAUGCACUGAACCUGACUCCAACAAUAAGCAGUGCGCUUUUUCCGCGAUUCAGUCCAAAUGGAGAGUUCCUUGUAUUUUUAUCUGCCAAAAGUGCUGUGGAUUCUGGAGUGCACAAUGCUACAAAUUCACUUCAUAGAAUUGAUUGGCCAACUGAUAGAAAACUGUACCGAUCUUCCAAAAUUUAUGACAUCAUUCCUGUUGUAAUGUGCGCCGAGGAGGGUUGUUUCCCCGGGCUCUAUUGUACAACUAUCCAUAAUAAUCCUUGGCUUACUGACAACUGCACAAUGAUCAUAUCAUCCAUCUGGCACAGCUGUGAAGUUCUACUUUCUGUGAAUGUGUUGAGCGGGGAAGUAUUACGUAUUACCCCAGCAGACUUGACUUUCUCGUGGAAUCUUCUUACACUUGAUGGGAACAAUGUUCUUGCCAUUUCCAGCAAUCCGGUCAAUGUUCCUCAAAUUAUGUAUGGAAAUGUCAUUGAGAAGGAGAAGAGAAAUACUAUAUGGAGUUGGUCUAAGAUAUCGAGUCCCAUAUUCAAAUGCUCCGAAAAGGUUAGAUCUUUGAUGUCGUCUCUCCAGUGCAGUAUACUGAAGAUCUCUGUCGCAGAUGCUUCUAAUGAUCCAACAAAAGGUGCUGCUAAACCUUUUGAAGCUAUAUUUGUGUCAUCGAAAACCAAGAACAAGGAAGUAUUUGAUCCAUUAAUUGUAAUCCUUCACGGAGGGCCACAGGACGUGUCUUUGUCACACUUCUCGAAGUCUUGGGCGUUUCUAUCUUCAGUCGGAUACAGCUUGCUGAUUGUAAAUUACAGAGGUUCAUUAGGAUUUGGAGAGGAAGCAUUGCAAUCUCUUCCAGGGAAAGUUGGAUCACAGGAUGUCAAGGAUGUUCUCUCUGCGAUAGAUCAUGUGAUCAACUUGGGUCUUGCUAGUCCGUCCAAGAUUUCGGUGAUGGGAAUUUCACAUGGCGGUUUUUUGUCGACUCAUUUGAUUGGCCAGGCACCAGAGAAGUUUGUAGCAGCGGCCGCAAUCAAUCCUGUUUGUAACUUUGCACUGAUGGUUGGUACAACUGAUAUUCCUGAUUGGUGCUAUGUAGAGGCCUUCGGAACCAAUGCCAGAAAUCAUUUUACCGAAGCACCUUCAGAAGAAGAUUUGACUCUCUUCUAUAGCAAGUCACCUAUUUCGCAUGUUUCAAAGGUAAAAACACCAACACUUUUCCUUUUAGGUGCUCAAGAUCUUCGUGUUCCAAUCUUCGAUGGACUGCAAUAUGCUCGAGCUUUAAGAGCGAAAGGAGUCGAUUCCAAAAUCAUCAUGUUUCAAAAUGAUGUUCAUGCACUCAAAAGGCCCCAAUCUGAAUGGGAAUGUUUGCUUAACAUUGUGGUGUGGUUCAACAAAUACUGCAAAUAAGUGUGUCACAAUACUUCCUAUAUAUAUCCACCAUACUCACAAGAGUUGUAUUAUUUUGUCAAUGAAUAUAUAAUUCUGACAACAAAUUAGAUGGAUAGAAAUGUUCAAACAUAUGGUUAAUUAGAUCAUAUGGUUAAAUUAAAAAAAAAAAAAGAUCAGAUGGUUUAUGAAUAUAAUAAGAUGUCACAAUUUAUAAUUUUUUUUUAAAAAGUUAAAUUAGUCCAUCCAAAUUGAUAUCAGAGAUAAUUGAACGUGAGUUCUCAGGUCUCAAGCCAAUACCACAAGUCAAUACCACCGAACACUGAUAUAUUUUGUUGUUUUCAUUUUCUACUAUUUGAACACCUAAUGAUGGUGAACUUGGUUUAUAAUAUUUUGAGAUUUGGU